CAGGCGUUCACUCAGACUCGUGACUCGUGAUUUUCAUUCGCGCGUGAGCUAGUCUAUCUUUUCUUCUUGCUCCGGUGCAACUACUCUCAGAGCUAGCACUCACUCGCACACACCUUUUUGGCAAGCAAGCAAGGGAAGAAGAUCUCGAGAGUUUCGUGUCAGAAAUUCCUGGGCCCGAAUGCUGCGCGCAUACCGUCUGCUAUGAAAGUGACGGUGAUUUGUUGCGAGGAAGAGAGAGGUGGGCUAGGACGCUUGGACAAGCUAUUGGAUGAAGAGACUCGCAAAAAGGAAGCGGAUGCUCGAGUCUUUUGCUUGGUGGGCAUAGAUGGUGCUGCUCUACAAAGCUGGUACGAGGCGAAGCGAGCCGUGCAUGGCCCCUGCACCCUGCUCGUAUCGAGUGCAUCAGCAGACACGAGCGCAAGGUCGGGCGUCGGCAUGCUGCUUCGGCAUCACCCAGUCAUCGCUCAGCAGCAGCAGCAGCUGGCCGCACCUUGCUCUCUCCAUCCUUGCAUCGCACCAUCCCAAGCGAGCACAUCGGGUUCGUUGAUCGCUUCAAAAGUCUCCGGCGUGGUCAUCGCCACGGCCUGCACUUAUCGGCCUGCCGAAACGUCAUCGACGAGCCUUUCAAAAAUCGUCGCUUUUCUCGAUGCGCUCACGCAAUGGGCACGUCAAGUCGUUCGGUCUGGGCAGUGCUUGCUGCUGGCCUUGCAUCUUCCACACCUGCCGUACUCGCGUCGAGAGCAGGAGCUCUCGGAUGGGAAAGAAGAAGCGACGGCCGCUGACGACCUGCAAGCCGCGCUCGCUCGCCUCUCUGCUGUCGGCCUUGCCGAUCUCUCGCUCACAAGACAAGACUCACAGUCGAGCACGAACACGAGCACGAGCACGAGCAGCAGCUUUGCCUCUUCAUGCCUCCUCUUAGGAUCGCUCGUCAUGCACUCUCGUCUCACCUGCCUGCUCGAUCAUCGUAGCAGCGGUGAUGAGCAGCAUUGCGCUCUCCACGCGUCCUUUCGAGACGCUCGUCGCAUCUUUGCCUGCUUCUUUGGCUCGCAACUGCACGGCACCGACACGUGCGACUCGGACAUUGACAUUAUGGGUCUCCUCCUGCCCACUCCUAGAGACAUGCUUUUGGGCAUCGGAGCGAGCAAAGAGGUGACUCAUCGAACAAAGGCAGCUUUGGAAAAGAACGGAGCGGAAGAUGUGGAUACAAACUUUAUCACUCCUUUGGAUUUCGUCGAGCAGCUGGCAAGCGGUCAACCGAUAGCGUGGGAGAUGCUCUUUGCCCCUCCCCACUCUCACGCGCCCGACACGACCGAUGAGGGGCUUGCAUUCCUCGCAGCUCUGCGAGAACAAGUGCCGCAACUUUUGACAUCAAGCACAAAGGCAGUUCGAGGUCUGAUGGAUAAUUUCGAGCGUCGCAUCAAGAGAGAAUUGCAGAAGCGGGAGAUGAGCGCGUCGGACGAGAGGGUGCUGCUGCUGCUGCAGCAGGGUCAGCUGUACAAAUCCGCCGAUGCAAAAAAGUUGGCUCAUUCUCUGCGCGUCUGUCAGCAAGCCAUCGAGCUGCACGAGCAUGGCCGCAUCACUCUGCCGCGCCCAAACGCUGAGCAUUUGCGCGCGAUCAAGCGCAAAGAGGUGCCGCUGCACCAAGUGCUGGAGCAAAUCGACCAGGCGAAGAGUCGCUUGCUGGAAAUUUGUGGAGCAGGCGAACGCAGAGAAAUCUCGGACAAGACUGGCGCGUACGAUGCCAUCGAAGCUCUUGUGCGCAAGCAUCUCGGCAUGACUGCGCGGUCGACGUAGGCGUCUGCAACUUUCGCAAAAGUGCGCGAGGCUGAGCUGGGAUUGGGCUGGCAAGUCUGAACGCCAGACAAUUGGGGCAAGUCGACAGACCCGACGUUUGCAGCCUAUUUUGCAUGU